ACCAAUCACAGCGCGUGUUGCAAACCGGGGUUGGAAAUUAUCCAGUCGUGUAUAUAUACCACAAUAUAUGCAUAGACGAUUCGACAUGGCUGACACGACACGGGUAGAUGUCUGUCAUCACAUUGUUCACGAAAUGUUCACUUGGUGAACUGAAUGCAUUAUGUCACACCAUAGCUGGAAAUAUAAGCAGUCGACAACCACUAGAUUACAAUGCCUAUUCCAAAUUAUGGAGUUUGGAAGAGUGGUGGAAUGUCACUGAAAGUAUACAUUCACUGCUAAAGCUGAGUAUUAAGAAUUCGUGGACUAAAGACGAGAUUUUUGAAAAGCUUGGCACCCUGUCUGACGACUACAAACAAACAUUUAUGGAGGUGGUUAGUGUGCGUAGGGAGGACCUCCGAAAAAGUCUGCUUACCUCAACAGCUGCUAUCUCACAGAAUGUAAUGGCAGACUUUGACUGGCAAAUGAAGCUGGUGAUGUCAAGUGAUAAGCUGUCCUCUCUCCACUCCCCGCUCCUCAACCUUGACCUACAGGUGGCUGACUGCAAUAAUCAAAACAGAGUUGUCUCCCUUGAACUAGACAGAGCUGACCUCAAGAAACUGAUCGCAUCAUUAGAGGGAGCUGGGAAGGCUGUGCAGCAAUUAUCCUCCUGAGGUCAGACGAGAGGUCCAGCCAUCAUUCCAGAAGUCUUCCUCAAAUGCAUGGUCGUCAACUCACACUAAUGUUGAGACUCUCACUCAGUCUACAUGCCAUUCCACAUUGUAUUACUUGAGUAGAUCCUUCAUGAAGAGUUCAGCCUGUCAUGUCUGGGAUGUGGAAAUGUGCAAUAUUCACCUGACUGUGUGUUUUGUUUGAUUGGUAUUUUAGAAUUUGAUGAAUAACAAGAAAGGUAGGUACUUUUAUGGAGGACAACUUCUUUAAUAAAUUACCAUGCAAUGUUUUGGUAUAGAUUGUCAAGCAAGAGUGACCGUAUAGACAAACCUUAAUGGAUAACAACUUGAUUUCACGAGUGGGACGCGUUCGAUUCUUGUACCGUUGUCAAUCAGGAACGAUGUACAACGGUACAAGAAUCUGUAUUGAAAUGUCACACCACAAAUAGAGAAGUUGUUAUCUAUAAAGGCUUGUUUACAUUGUACUUCCAAAAUGACACACAAAGAACUUAAGACUGUGUGUUACCAGCUGGUUAAUCUGAGAAUGUUUCACAUCCAUCAACAUUGCAUAAUUUGAUCAG